AUGGCGACCCAGAAACCCGGAGAAUGGGUGCAGUCCCUCAUCAAUCGAUUUGAUGCACAGCUUCCUAUAAAAACUGGGCUUCAUUCAACACAGUCCAUGCAAAAUGUAGAACAGAACAAGGAAUGCCUGAUAAAUGUGAGCCGCCACAAGUUCCGAGAAGUCAUCAACGGACUGACUAAAACUCUGGGGUCAGUCUCUAGUACACGUAUCCAUGGCCCUGAAGCGGAGAGGAACUACUAUGAGUCUCAGCUCAUCAUUCUUGAUACACUGGAGAAAGUGCUCACCUCACAACCCAAAGACACGUCACGACUUGAUGAGGCCAUCUAUGUUAAAUUGUUGUUACCUGAAAUAUGUAAGUUCCUCAACCAACAAAAUGAAAAUACCUUAAUUUCAAAUCUCAAGAUUUUGGCAUCAAAGGUCCUGUUUGCUUUAAGUCUAAACAACUUUACAGCAGUGUUCAAUAGGAUAUCAGCCAAGCUGAUGACACUGUCUGGUUGUAGUGAUGAUCAGUCUGACCUCUCUGACCUUGAACUUAUCCAACACAUCAACGUGGACAUCCAUCGACUCAUUAAACUUAUCAUUGAGGUUGUGUCCAAAUUCAAAUUACUCAAGUCCAAGCAAGUUAUUAUGACGCUAGCCUCAAAUCUAGAAAAGGCGAUAUGGAAUUGGAUGGAUAAUUACCCAGAGGAAUUCACCGAUUUACAGAAGAAACCAAAUGAAGAUUUACAAGACUGCUGUGAUAAACUCUUUGAGCAUUUCAAUACAUGUAUGGAGAGUUCAAAGAAAAAGGCAGCAGCCAAUUGGCCGCUACAGAUGAUGUUACUUGUGCUGUGUCCAAAAAUUUUGGAAGAAAUCAACAAUGCUGAUGCUGGGGCUCCCUGCUCUCCCCAACAUGUGAAAAAGAAACAAUUCAUAGACGAUGUAAAGAAAGCAAUUUCGCCACACCAUGGUGGUAGUAAACAACUGGCAGAGGGUGCUGCUGUGACCUGUGUGCGUCUGUGUAAAGCCUCCACAUACAUCAGUAUCAAUGACAGGCUCAAUGUCCUCUUCUCGCUUGUACAGUCUGUCAUCAGUGACCUAAAGACAUUGCUGUUUAACCCACCUCCAAAUAGUAAGCCGUUUUCUCGCAGUCAGAGCAGCAUUGGCCUUGACCUAGAUCUAUAUAUAGACUGCUUUGUGUCCUGUUUCCGUGUGACUCCACACAACAACGAUGUGCUGAAAGUGUGUCUGAACCCAUUGUCUCCUCCUGUCUAUCACUGCGUGUUGGUCAACGCUCUCCACCGUAUCAUUACACAGCCACGAUUGCCGUGGUGGCCCAACAUCAACAUCAUCUAUAGCAAGGCUGCUGAGCUGAGGAGUAUGUUUACUGAUACACUCAACAAAGUCACCCAGGGAAUGGCUAGUCAUACUGCACCUAAAGUCACCACCCUCCCAUAUGUACAUAACAUUACAAAACUAACCCUUUACAAGUUAAAUAAGCCAACAGAUGAGACCGUGACGACAUGCCGCUGUCUUUUGUUGUGGAUCGUCCGCCUGAUCCAUGCUGAUCCUCACCUAAUGCUCCACAAUCAGGGUAAGCCCGGUCACGAGAUACAAAGUAGUACACUAGAACUAAUGAAUGGCCUCGUGUCACUGGUCCACCAACAAUGGAUGCCUGAUGUAUCUAAGGAGGCCAUGGAGGCCCUACUUUGUCUCCAUCAGCCUGAGAAUAUUGAACUCUGGAAUCCAGAGUCACCUAUCAACACAUUCUGGGAUGUCAGUUCCCAGGUAUUAUUUUCCAUAUCCCAGAAGCUUAUUCAGAGGCAACUUGUUAACUACACUGAGAUCUUGAAGUGGCUGCGAGAAAUUCUAGUCUGUCGGAACAGCUUUCUUCAAAAAAACAGUGCAAAUGCCAGUGUUGGAAACAACAAAACUAUUUGUAUACAUAUCAAGCUAGAGGUUGUGUUCUUCAUGUACCUGUGGAGUAUCGAUAUAGACGCGGUCCUCACAGGAAUGUCAUGUUUCCACUUACUAUGUGAGGAGGCAGAUAUAAGGUGUGGGGCAGAUGAAAUGGCUGUGACUCAGCUCCUCCCAAACUACAAUGUAUAUGCUGAGCUGGCCCAGGCUAGCACUGUGCUUACUACAGGUAAGGUAGCAUUACAGAAGCGGAUAAUGGCUCUACUGAGGAAAAUCGACCAACAUACAUCAGGCAACUCUCAGGCUUGGGAUGACACAUUCAGGAACUGGGAAGUUGUGACCCAGUAUCUGGAGACUUAUCCAAAGGACCCCAAGGUCAAAGUUGAAGAAGGCAGUACAGCAGGGUUGGGAGACACAAUUAAAAUGAAACGAAAACCUCCUCACCAUGCCAACACAGAACAUGAGCUAGAGGACCAGUUAAAUGAAUGGGCCAACAUGACGGGCUUCCUGUGUGCCCUAGGUGGUGUUCGUCUACAGAACCGACUCAGGAUAAGUGCUAUACCAGCAGGACUGGAUUCGAGGAAGAGUAGCCUAAUGCAGAGCUGUGCUGCUGAUACUCAAUACUGCCCUGUCACACAAUUUAUCAGUAACCUGUUGAAACUGCUGAUAUGUCAAAACGAGAAGUUUGGUGCUCAGAUACAGAAACAUGUUAAGGAUUUAGUGGGCCAUGAACUUAACCCAGCCCUCUACCCCAUACUGUUCGAUCAGAUCAAAAUAUGUGUGGACAAGUUCUUUGAUCCCUCUGGUCAGGUGAUUGUGACGGACCUUAACACCCAGUUUAUAGAGAAUGUAAUAUUCAUUAUGAGGAACAUCUUGGAAAUGAAGCAGGACCAACCAUGCGAACACCUUGGGGUGACCAGUAUAGAGUCUCUCAUGCUAGCUGUAGUAAGAUAUGUACGACACCUGGAUUCUACCGUGCAUGCCAUUCAAAUCAAGAUCAAACUCUGUCAGCUAGUGGAGGCCAUGAUGGUUCGCCGUGACGACCUCACAUUCCGACAGGAGAUGAAAUUCAGGAACAAACUGGUGGAAUAUCUGACAGACUGGAUCAUGGGUAACUCACAUCAAGUGAACAUCGGUGACAUCUGUAGUAUGUCCAGGAAACACGAAAAGAAUAUCUCUGUGCGAUCGUCGGGAUUACAGCGUUAUAUACACCCCACUCAGUCCUCCUCAUCGAGUCAGUGCUCCACUAAGGCACUGUCCGUGCCUAGUCCUACUCCACUCUUUCUCCAAACCCAGCCCGUCGUAGACCUUGACCAAGCCAGUAUGGAAGCUGUAGCAGCCUUGCUGGCCGGACUUCCUCUCCAGCCAGAGGAGAGUGACCGUGGUGAUCUGAUGGAGGCCAAAUCUCAACUCUUUCUCAAAUACUUGACCUUGUUCAUGAACCUCCUGAAUGACUGUUCAGAGGAGGAACAAGACACGGCCAUGGACCCGAACAGGAAGCGGAGUACAUCUAAUCUGAGUGCACUGAGGAACUGUACUGUACAGGCCAUGUCUAAUCUACUCAAUGCCAACAUAGACAGUGGUCUGAUGCAUUCCAUAGCCCUUGGCUACCACAAAGACCCCCAGACCAGAGCAGCCUUCAUGGAGGUGCUUACGAAGAUUCUGCAGCAGGGCACAGAGUUUGAGACACUGGCAGAAACUGCUCUUGCAGAUCGCUUUGAACGUCUGGUAGAACUUGUCACCAUGAUAGGAGACAAAGGAGAGCUGCCUAUUGCCAUGGCACUGGCUACUGUAGUACCCACUCAACAAAUGGAUGAAUUGGCUCGUGUAUUUGUGAACCUGUUUGACGCCAAGCACCUGUUGUACCAACUGUUAUGGAAUAUGUUUUCCAAAGAGGUGGAGAUAGCAGAUUGUAUGCAGACCUUGUUCCGUGGAAACAGCCUAGCUAGUAAGAUCAUGGCAUACUGUUUCCGGUUUUAUGGACAGAACUAUCUUCGAGAGCUCCUUAAUCCUCUCAUCAUGGAAAUGUUCCAGUUGGAGCGACAACAGAAGGUCUCUUAUGAAAUUGACUCCGCAAGACUGGAAACUGGCGAGAGUAUAGAGGACAACAAGAAAUACCUAAUGAUAAUCACCCAGAAAGUCUUCAAUGUAGUGGUGGGAUCUGCCCAGCAGUUUCCGACCAAGCUGCGGAGUAUGUGCCAUUGCCUGCAUCAAGUUGUCACACAGCGUUUUCAGCAAAACAGUGCAGACGCUGUAUGGACAGUCAUCGGAACUGUCAUCUUCUUACGCUUCAUCAACCCUGCCAUAGUUUCGCCAUAUGAAUCUGGGAUAAUUGAUGAAGAGCCGACACCAAAGAUUAAACGAGGUCUCACACUCAUGUGUAAGAUCAUGCAGAACAUUGCCAACCACCUUUUGUUCACUAAGGAGAACCACAUGAGAACCUUCAAUGACUUUCUCAAGACCAAUUUUGAGGCUGGUAGAAGGUUUUUCACGGAGAUAGCAUCAGACUGUGAUAUUCCUGACCAAGGGAACCACAGUCUCUCUUUCAUCAAUGAUGCCAAUGUAUUAGCCCUACAUCGACUGUUAUGGAACAACCAAGAGAAGAUAGGAGACUACUUGUCCAGUAGCAGAGAUCACAAGGCAGUUGGUAGACGGCCAUUUGACAAGAUGGCAACCUUGUUAGCAUAUCUAGGACCUCCAGAGCAUAGACCACUUGAUUCUCAUGUUGGAAUAUUUGCCACCAGAUGGAGCAGUAUGGACAUGACAAGUACAAAAUUUGAAGAAAUCAUGUCAAAACACAACAUGCAUGAAAAGGAUGAAUUCAAAUCACUUAAAAAUCUACACAUAUUUUACCAGGCUGGUACCAGUAAAGCGGGCAAUCCAGUAUUUUAUUAUAUAGCAAGACGAUAUAAGGUUGGAGAAAUUAAUGGAGAUCUGCUGAUAUAUCAUGUCCUUCUGACGUUAAAACCUUUCUACAACAAACCAUUUGAGCUGGUCAUAGAUUUCACACACACCUGUGCUGAGAACCGUUUUAGAACUGAUUUCCUGUCCAAAUGGUUUGUGGUGAUGCCAGAGGUUGUGUACCAGAACAUCGUGGCAUGUUAUAUAUAUAACUGUAACUCCUGGGUGAGAGAGUAUACCAAAUACCAUGAUCGGAUACUCACCCCUCUAAAGGGAAAUAGAAAGUUGUUUUUUAUCGACCAUCCUGCACGACUUAAUGAGUAUAUAGAUCCUGACCAACAGAAGUUACCUGGCUCCACAGUGUCACUCGAGGAGGAUCUCAAAAUCUCCAACAAUGCCCUCAAACUAUCCCACAAGGACACCAAGGUCACAAUCAAGGUGGGUCCAAAUGCCAUCCAGAUCACUUCAGCAGAGAAGCUGAGAGUUCUUGGACAUCAGGUGUUACUUAAUGAUGUCUAUUAUGCUUCAGAAAUAGAGGAGGUCUGCCUUGUUGACGAUAACCAAUUCACCCUAACGAUAUCCAAUGAGAGUGGACCUCUGUCUUUUAUCCACAAUGACUGUGAUAACAUUGUACAUGACAUCAUCCAUAUCAGAACAAGAUGGGAGCUUUCACAGCCGGACACUGUGACAGUCCAUACCAAGAUACGACCUAAAGAUGUCCCUGGUACCUUGCUCAAUGUGGCUCUGCUCAACUUAGGUAGCUCUGAUCCCAGUCUACGAUCUGCUGCCUACAAUUUACUGUGUGCCCUCACACAGACAUUUGACCUCAAGAUUGAAGGUCAGCUACUGGAAACAACAGGUUUGUGUAUCCCGGCCAACAACACCAUAUUCAUUAAGUCCAUUAGUGAAACCCUAGCAGCCAAUGAGCCUCAUCUCACACUAGAAUUCCUGGAAGAGUGUAUUCAGGGUUUUGGUAACUCCAACAUAGAGAUGAAGCAUUUGUGCCUAGAGUACAUCACACCGUGGCUGCCAAAUCUUACAAGGUUCUGUAAACACUCAGAUGAAAACAAAAGACAGAAAGUGGCACUAAUUCUGGACAAACUCAUAACUAUGACAAUAGAAGAAGUGGAGAUGUAUCCUUCAAUACAAGCCAAGAUAUGGGGCAACAUUGGUCAGGUGGCUGACCUACUGGACAUGGUCCUGGACAGCUUUAUUAAGCGAAGUGUAACGGGAGGACUAGGCUCUAUACAGGCAGAAAUAAUGGCUGACACUGCUGUGGCCUUGACCUCCGCUAAUGUACAACUUGUAUCACGGAAGGUCAUAGGUCGUCUAUGUAGGCUGAUAGACAAGACUUGUACCUCCCCAACACCAACAUUAGAACAACAUUUGAUGUGGGAUGAUAUUGCCAUCCUGGCCAGAUACCUGCUCAUGUUGUCCUUCAACAAUUCACUGGAUGUGGCAAGUCAUCUUCCGUUUCUGUUUCACAUUGUUACUCUACUCGUGUGUACUGGACCGCUGUCACUGCGAGCAUCAACACAUGGACUUGUCAUCAAUAUCAUCCAUUCCUUGUGCACAUGCUCUCAGCUCAGUUUCAGCGCUGAGUCGACACUGAAAGUCCUGAAGCUGAGCCUGGCUGAGUUCUCCCUGCCAAAGUUUUAUCAGCUGUUUGGAAUCAGCAAGGUGAAGUCUGCAGCUGUCAGUGCGUUUCGCACAAGCUACAGGCCUGGUGACCGAUCAUUUACAAUGGCUGCUCCAGAACACGAGAAGAUGUCUCUCAGCUCCUUAGAGACAAUAGUAGAUGCCUUACUAGAAAUUAUGGAGGCAUGUAUGAAGGACAUUCCUAACUGUGAUUGGCUACAGCAGUGGACAGAUCUGUCCAGAAGAUUUGCAUUCCAGUAUAAUCCUGCCCUCCAGCCCAGGGCUAUCAUUGUGUUUGGUUGUAUUAGUAAAACUGUCACUGACUCCGAGAUCAAACAGCUUCUAAAGAUCAUGAUGAAGGCUUUAGAAUCGUUUAACGAUUUGACUUUGAUUGAAGCUAUUGUGAUGUGUCUGACCCGACUUCAACCCCUACUUAGAUCUGAUUCUUCCAUCCAUAAGUUUCUGUUCUGGACGGCCAUAUCUGUCCUUCAGCUUGACGAGGUAUCUCUGUAUGCUGCUGGACUGGCUCUACUAGAACAGAAUCUCCAUACCCUUGAUAUCAUGGGCUUGUUUGACCGAGAGACAUUGGAGGUCAUCAUGAUGGAGACUAGGGAACCCCUUGAAUGGGACUUCAAACAGCUGGACCAUGCCAUGGGGCUGAGCUUUAAAGAUAAUUUUAACUUUGCUCUGGUUGGACACCUACUAAAAGGGUUCCGACAUCCAACCCCAACCACUGUAUCCAGAACAAUUCGAGUCCUCAAUCAGCUUUUAUCCAUUACAGUCAAAUCUACAAACAGGGAUAAAUUUGAGGUGACGCCUCAGACAGUUCCUUACCUGGCAGCUCUGGUGUUUGUAUCUGAGGAGGUAAGAAGUAGGUGUCACCUAAAACACCGUACCAGUCAAUACAUGAUGACAGAGUCGCCCUCUAGUGACAGUCUCAGUGCUGAACUUGCCCAGCAGACAACACCAGGGAGCAGCAGCAGUUCUGGAAGCUCAGCUAUGGGAGCCCCACCGCCAGCUCUACCCACGACCAUACCUUCAACACAGAUAGUGCCCGCCCCACCCUGCCAGCCUCCUACCACCCAAAGCAGCACACCACCUAUAAACACUCCUAUCACACGAAGGCAAAAAAGUUGUGAUCUCCUCGACCAGAAUGCCAUGAACAAUGCAUGUCGUACCUCCAAAGUCACUCAUCUACAACAAGCACAGCAGGCAAGUAGUCCAAAAGGCUGGCGGAGUCUGGACAUUGAGCCACAGAGACCACCUCUUUACAAAACUAGGAGCAGCUCAAUGCCCAUUCCUGGCUCAAAAAAGGAAGCUGGCAAAUCUGGCAUGACUCAGCCUCGGAGUGGGCGUGGCUCUGUUUCUAAUGAAAAUAAUGUGCUUCUUGACUCUGAAGUGUUGACAGACUACCCCACCCAAGUUUUAGUUCUUACAGUUCUGGCAACACUUGUCCGAAAUACGACGGAUGAGAAUGAGGCAAGAAUUAUCUAUGAAUAUUUAGCUGAAGCGUCUGUGGUCUUCCCCAAAGUGUUCCCUGUCAUACACAGCCUGUUGGACGCUAAAAUCAACAAUGUACUGUUAUUAUGUCAUGAUCAGGCAAUCCUCAAUGCUGUCCAAAGUAUUAUUCAAAAUAUGAUAGCUGCUGAGGACCCCUCUCAGCAGCAGCUGUCCUACCUACAAAGUAUUGGAUUUGGAGGGCUCUGGAGAUUUGCUGGUACAUUUGCCAAAUGUGCCCAAAGUAACGACACUGCUGAGCUACUGGUUAACUGUUUGGAGGCAAUGAUGGUGGAAAACUGUCUACCUGGCGAUGACCUUGACAUCCUUAACCCUUACCCCAGCUCCCUAGGGAUCUCAUCCAAUCUGAACUUGUCCAGUUCCAUGUCCAGCCUCAGUGUAAGCAGUAUGCACUCCCCCACUGAUAAAGAUAAUGCAGAGAAAAAUGGUGCCACUGCGGCCAGUAAUCGUAUGAGGCAUGGCUCUGCUAACACCAUCCAAACCAAGAACCGGGCAGGAAGUUUCAAACGCAAAGACAGUAAAAAGAAGCUGGAACCCAUUGAAUGAAGGAUUGUUUUUUUAACCAGAGCUUCAAUUAUUUUGUGGUGUAUUUUGAAUACCAAAGUUACUGUCUCACCUAGUUAUUAAAUUAUUAGUAAAGUUUUGACAUAUAAACUUUUGUAGACUUCACCAGCCACUUGAAGUACCAAAUACUAUAGAAUUGCCAUAAGCACUCUAAAAUGGAAGUGUAUAGAUCUGGCUACUAUGUUAUGUAGUAGUUAUAGACAGCUGCUGGGUAUGUAGCCAUAGUAAGAUGCUAGUAGUGCUGGCAACAGAUGGUAAGAUAUUUAGUAACUAUGGUUACCAUGGUGAUGUCUGAGGAAGUGUUUUCAUGGCUGAACGAGCAUUUCCUGGGAUUUAUUGUGUACACAACUGUAAUUCUAACGAGAUGUUUCUGCCUGUUGUGGAUCUAGUCAACUGUAGAAAACGAGAGACUGAUAAAAACAUUGUGUUUAUCUCGGUAAUUAUUAUCCUAAAAACCAGAUUCUGUAGACAUGCUGACACAGAGACCAGGCACCAGUUUUAUCAAACAUCUUCAGUUUUCUGAACUUUGAGACCUUUUUCAUGUUGCUCAAAACAUUUCCCUCAUUUGGAAAUGUGUCAUGCAUGUGUUACCAGAGAUA